GUGGUCGGUUUAACAGUAAAUUAUAAAAUGUAAAUAAACAUGGCGUGUGAAUCUGACGAAUUCGAGACAAAUAUUCAUAAUUUACGAACUGCUGUACGAAAAUCUUUCGCCCGUAUCUAUGCCAGUUUAAAAGCCAGAGAACUUAAGACACUGCGGCAACUCGAUGCUAUCCGUAAACAAUGCCAAGAUGACAAAGACUUAAAAAGGAAUUGUGCUAAGAAUAUAGAUAUAAUAUACGAUAAUGAGUCCGUGCUUUUAGAAAAUAUAAGUAACUACGGCAGUAUUGAUUUUGAAAAGCUUAAUUUUGAUAGUUCUACAUUUACACUGGAAGAUUACGUUAGUCCUAAUGAUGAUCACAUGUAUUCAUACAAAACUAUCGAAGACGUGACAAAAGAGGAGGAUAAUGAGAACUUGGAAGCGAUAGAAGAGGCUGCUAUAAAAGAAGUAAUUUCUACGGAUAAUUGUGUGUGUUUUGUAACAGUUCAUACAGAGGAUGUAUCAAAGAAGUUCAGAAAUUUGGACACUGAUGUCAUGCCAAUAAAUGUUAUCACUAAAGAAAAUAAUCAUAUAUGUGAAAAUAAUGAGAGUGAUUGUCCUGAAAUAAUUGAAGAUGAUAAAAGUGAAUCAGAUUCAGAAAUCAAGAAAAUAAAUCCUACAGAUGAUUGGUUAAAUUCCAUUAAAAGUCAAACAGAAACAGAGCCAUCACAAGUCACAGAUGUCAUGGAACACAGUACUAUAACAUGCACAUAAUGCAAGCUAGUAUAAGGUAAAUUUACAUAAUUUUAGUUAUAUAAGAUAG